UCGGAGCCCCGCAGAUCUUCGCUUUCGUCCCGGAAGGGGAAAAAAAAAAGAGCUGCGUUCCGAGAACUCUCUGAGCCCGCCCGGGAAGAGGCGUCCCGUUCCCGUUGCCCCGACCGCCCUCCUUCCAAUUCCUUGAUCCCGCGGCUGGAGCCUAGCUUGGGCCAGAUUUACAACAUGAGUUAUCCAGGGUACCCACCUGCAAGCGGAUAUCCACCUGGGGGUGGUUAUCCACCUGGGGGUGGUUAUCCACCUGCGGGUGGUUAUCCACCAGCUAGUGGAUAUCCACCUGCUGCUCCAGGCAGUAAUCCCUGGGGUGCCCCCAGCUACCCUCCUGCAAACCCUCCUCCAAUUGGAUUAGAAAAUGUUGGGAACUAUGCUAAUCAGUUUAAUCCGGAUUAUAUGGCUGGCAUGGCUUCCAAUCUGUCUGGCACGUUUGGCGGUGCCAAUGUGCCCCAGGGACUGUAUCCUUCAGCGCCUGGGGGCUACCCUUCUGCAGCUCCAGGAGGAUUCGGACAACCUCCACCACAGGGCCAGCAGCCUUACGGGGUCUACCCUCCACCCCCCGGAGGAAACCCUGCAACAGGGAUGCCGUCAUAUCCAUCAUACCCAGGUGGUCCGAUGGCACCUGCAGCAGCCCAACAGCCUCAGCCAGUGCCAUAUCCUGGGCAGCAGCCCAUGCCAAGUUACCCAUCUGGUCCAGCUGUUAAUCCUUCGAUGCCAUCCUACCCAGGUCCUUCCAUGCCCACCGUCACCCCUGGAGUAUCUGCAAAGCGAGGCACGGUCCAUGAUGCUCCAUCUUUUGAUCCUUUGAGGGACGCAGAAGUCUUGAGGAAAGCCAUGAAAGGGUUUGGAACUGAUGAACGGGCCAUUAUCGAUUGCCUUGGAAGUCGCUCGAACAAGCAACGCCAGCAGAUUUUGCUCUCAUUCAAAACAGCUUAUGGGAAGGAUUUGAUCAAGGACCUCAAGUCAGAGAUCUCCGGAAACUUUGAGAAGACGAUUUUGGCAAUGAUGAAAACGCCUGUCCGGUUUGAUGUUCUGGAAAUCAAAGAAGCUAUCAAGGGUGCUGGCACAGAUGAAGCCUGCUUGAUCGAGAUCCUGGCAUCUCGCGACAACAAGCACAUUCAGGAAAUCAGCCGAGUAUACAAGACAGAAUUUAAGAAAACUCUGGAAGAAGCCAUUAAAAGUGACACGUCUGGGCAUUUCCAGAGACUUUUAAUUUCACUCUCUCAGGGCAACCGAGAUGAAAGCAGCAAUGUGGACAUGUCCCUUGUCCAGAGUGAUGUUCAGGCUCUCUAUGCAGCAGGAGAAAGUCGACUCGGGACAGACGAAUCCAAGUUCAAUGCCAUUUUGUGCACCAGAAACCGAAAUCACCUAAGGGCAGUUUUCAAUGAAUACCAGCGAACAUGUAACCGGGAUAUUGAGAAAAGCAUAUGCAGAGAAAUGUCUGGUGACCUUGAAUCUGGAAUGCUGGCAGUAGUGAAGUGCAUGAAAAACACACCGGCUUUCUUUGCAGAGAGGCUGCACAAGGCCAUGAAGGGGGCGGGAACCAAGGACCGGACUCUUAUACGCAUCAUGGUCUCACGAAGUGAAGUUGAUCUGCUGGACAUCCGGCAGGAAUACAAAAGAAUGUAUGGAAAAUCUCUCUACACGGACAUCUCGGGUGACACUUCAGGGGACUACCAGAAAAUCCUGCUCAAGCUGUGCGGCGGGAAUGACUAAGUAGAGCAUCUGGAAUUUUAGAGGGUGACUUUCAAAAUAACAGCUGGCUUUAUAUUAUCUUUUCCCAUAAAGCUGUCAAAACUCCCACUGCUGGAUUGAUAUUCCUAAUAUAUUCCAUCCUCUAAAGGUAUAUAAUAAAUACAGGAAUAU